AUGUUCUUGAAAAUGAAAUUAGGAGAGUCUGAGGAGCGAGCCAUUAACAACAAUAACACUACUGAGGCACCUUCAUCAUCAUCAGGCGGAAGCAACAUGAACCCAACAGAUAAAAACCCGACCUUGGCUCAAUAUGGUACUGAUGCGAGGUUAUUGUCAGGAUUUGAGCAUUCUGUCGGAGCUGGUAAGUCUGUUAACUGUUCGAAUUUGCUUACAAAUGCACCAAAAGCUGUGGACGGACAACAAAUGACAGCUUAUUUUGAUACAAUUCAAAGGGGUGGCUUUGUUCAACCUUUUGGUUGUAUGAUCGCAAUUGAAGAACCCACUUUUAGAAUUAUAAGUUUUAGUGAAAACUGUUUUAGUAUGUUGAGUUUGAAUAUGAACAAGAACAGUCUCCUUGGAAUCGAUGCAAGAACCCUUUUCACCUCAAAUUCCCGGGAAUCAUUAGAAAGAGCCGUAGCUUCUAGAGAAAUCACUUUGUUAAACCCGAUUUGGGUUCACUCUAAAAGUACCCAUAAACCAUUUUACGCGAUUCUCCAUAGGAUCGAUGUGGGUGUCAUAAUUGAUUUAGAGCCUGCUAAUUCCGGCGACCCCACACUACUUCUUGCUGGUGCGGUUCAGUCACAAAAACUUGUCGUUAGAGCAACUUCUAGGCUGCAAUCUCUCCCUGGAGGAGACAUCGGGGCUUUAUGUGACACUGUUGUUGAAGAAGUUCAAAAGCUUACAGGUUACGACAGGGUUAUGGUUUACAAGUUUCACGAUGACGAACAUGGUGAAGUUGUUUCAGAAAUCCGAAGACCCGAUUUAGAACCGUAUUUGGGACUUCACUAUCCUGCAACAGACAUCCCACAAGCAGCUCGAUUCUUGUUCAAACAGAAUCGUGUAAGGAUAAUAGUUGAUUGUGAUGCGGAAUCUGUUCGAGUGAUUCAAAGUGAUGAGUUAAAGCAACCUUUAUGUUUAGUUAAUUCCACCCUUCGAGCUCCGCAUGGGUGCCAUGUGGUUUACAUGGCUAACAUGGGUUCCAUCGGGUCUUUAGUGAUGGCAAUUAUUGUAAAUAACAAUGAAUCCAUGAAGCUAUGGGGGUUGGUGGCAUGCCACCACACUUCUCCCCGUUAUAUCCCGUUCCCACUUCGAUAUGCAUGUGAGUUUCUAAUGCAUUCAGUUGGUUUACAACUUUACAUGGAGCUUCAAUUAGCCGAACAAAAAGCCGAAAAAAGGGUACUCGGUAGGCAAACAACCUUAUGUGACAUGGUACUUAGAGAUUCCCCUUUUUCAAUUAUAACUCAGUCUCCUAGCAUAAUGGAUUUAGUGAAAUGUGAUGGGGCGAGUUUAUAUUACAAUGGGAAAGUUUGGUUACUUGGUGUAACUCCAAAUGAAUCACAAGUUAUGGAUAUAGCUGAAUGGUUGUGUAGUGAGCAUAAGGACUCAACGGGGUUUAGUACUGAGAGUUUGUUGAAUGCGGGUUACCCUGGUGCGGUUUUGCUUGGUGAUGCGGUUUGUGGUAUGGUUGCUGCACGAAUCACUUGUAAAGAUUUCUUGUUUUGGUUUAGAUCACAUAAAGAAAAAGAAACGAAAUGGGCAGGGGCUAAGCAUCACCCUGAGGAUGAAGAUGAUGCUAAUAGAAUGCAUCCAAGAUCUUCUUUUAAGGCGUUUCUUGAAGUGGAAAAAAGUCGAAGUUUACCAUGGGAAGUUUCUGAGAUUAAUGUGAUUCAUUCUUUGCAGCUGAUAAUGAGAUCAUCGGUUCAUGAUGCUGUUGGUGAUGGUGGUGGGGGUAAGGUGGUGAAAUAUGGUCAAGAAAGUGAGAAUAUAAGUCAAGGGAUCAGUUUGGUUGCAUGUGAAAUGGUGAGAUUGAUUGAAACGGCGUCUGUCCCGAUCUUUGGGGUUGAUGGGUGUGGUUUGAUCAACGGGUGGAAUGCAAAAAUUGCAGAGUUGACCGGUGUGAUGGCUAGUGAGGCUAUGGGGAAGUCUUUGGUUGAUGAAUUUAUACAUGAAACUUCGUGUGAAGUUGUUAAAGAUCUUCUACUUAGAGCUUUGCAAGGUGAAGAAGCAAAAAAUGUGGAGUUGAAACUACGUAAGGCUGAUAUGGACCCGAAAAACAACUCCAUUAUAUACAUCAUGGCUAAUACAUGCACAAGCCGGGACUACAUGAACAAUGUGAUAGGAGUAUGCUUCGUGGGUCAAGAUGCAACAACCGAGAAAAUUGUCAUGGAUAAAUUUGUACGUAUGGAAGGAGAUUAUAAAGCGAUUAUCCAAACUUUAAAUCCUUUAAUUCCUCCUUUAUUUGCUUCCAAUGAGGAUGCUUGUUGUUCUGAAUGGAAUGCAGCCAUGGAAGAACUUACUGGUCACCGGAGACAUGAAGUUCUUGGAAAAGUGCUUCCUGGAGAGGUUUUUGGGGGUUUAUGUCGACUCAAAGAUGAAGAUACACUUGUGAAGUUUAUGAUAUUGUUGCAUAGAACAAUCAAUGGUCAUGAUACUUCGGAUAUGCCAUUUGGGUUUUUUGGGAAAGAUGGGAAUCUUGUGGAAGUUUACUUGACAGCAAAUAAAAGAGUUGGAGAAGGUGGAAAAGUUUUUGGGUGUUUUUUCUUUUUGCAGACUAGUGCAGGACUUAAAGGAGGUGGUGAAGAUGAUGGAGAAUUUGUGUUGAAACGUGAUAAUUUGGCGUAUAUUAAGCAAGAAAUAAAGAACCCAUUAAAUGGGCUGUGUUUCACUCAUAAACUUCUUGAAAACUCGGGUCUUUCGGAUGAUCAGAGGCAGUAUCUAGAGACGAGUGUUGCUUGUGAGAGACAAAUUGCAUCAAUCAUUGAGGACUUGGAUAUAAAAAGUAUUGAAGAGGGGAGCAUGGAGCUGAACAUGGACCAAUUUGUGAUGGAGAAUCUUUUAGAUGCCAUUGUGAGCCAAGUCAUGAUGGUGUUGAAGGAAAAGAAUAUACCACUAGUUCAUGAAAUACCUGAUCAAGUCAAAACGCUUGCUCUUAUUGGUGAUCAAAUUAGGUUGCAGAUGGUGUUAUCAGAUUUCUUGCUCAGCAUUGUGCAUCAUGCACCUUCACAGAACGGGUGGGUGGAGAUCAAAGUGUCACCUGGACUACGGAUGAUACAGGAUGGACAUGAGUUCAUUCAUCUUCAGUUCAGAAUGGCUCAUCCGGGCCCGGGGUUACCUGCAAAUAUCAUCGGAGACAUGUAUGAAGACCGAAAAGAAUGGGGUACACAAGAAGGACUUGCUUUGAAUAUUUCUAGGAAACUUCUUGGCAUCAUGAAAGGCCAUGUUCAUUAUGUUAGAGAUGAAAAUAAAUGUUGCUUCCUUAUUGAGAUCCAACUUAAAACUAGAAAAUAAAGAUGCGAAAUCAAGAAUCUUGUUGACAUCAACUGCAUUAUGUCCAAAUGUAAAUAAUCAUCAUGUUCAAAUGUGGAGGUUGUUGAUUUUUAUUCCA